AUGGCCGCCCCAAAUGCCGAUCCGGCAAUCCCAACACCGGAUUCGAAUGCCAGGCAGCCCGCGGCAGGCCGCGCACUUGGGGGCGCCGGUGCGCCCCAGGGGCUGCGCGGGUCAUCAGAAAGCGCAGGCAAUGUGGUCGAUCUGAAUCUCGGGCGCUCGAUCGACGAUCCCGGUGACAUCCAAUCUGGGGCGACCCACACCGGGGGGAAGUCGCUGUUGGCCAGCCUGUUGAGGAAGCGGCCGCUGGGGAUGGGAGGGGCAGGGGCUGGGGGACAGGGCCUUGAAUCGCAGAAGAAGGUCAGGCUCUUUGGGGAGCCCAAACUGGCACAUCUGCCAGCUGGCUUUGCCUCUGGGGAACCUUGGGAAGUGUCCCCCAAUGCGGUGCAUAAAGGACUGAAUGGAUUAGAUGGAUUAAAUCAGGCUGAUCGGAACACUGAGGAAUGGCGAAAUCGGACUGCCGCGCGGGGCGUGGACAAUUUGGGGUUGAGCCUGGAAUUUGGCGAGUCUGGGAGGAACAAUGGGGGUGGUUUGGCGGAGGGGCUGGGUGGGGGGAGGGACAUGCAGGUGGAUUUGCAGCCCGAGGCAUUGCUCAGGCUGACCGUACUGGCAGAGCGCAUGCAGCACGUGGUGCGCACCCUCGGCAAGCUGGACAGCACUGGCAGCUUGCUGCUGGACCACCAGGAUGGGCUCAACAGGCUCGACCGCCUGCUGCGAGAGCACGAGGCCAGACUUGCCAAGCUGGCGGCCGGUGCCGGGGAGCAGUCGGCCGAGGGAGGAUGGGAGGCUGGCGAGGGGCGUGGGGAGGAGUAUGACCUGCACCCCCUGGAGGCUGGAGGUGUGCCUUGCGGUGCUGUGUACUGCACUUUGAGGGUAGUGGAUGAAUCGGAGGGCGAAUGGCAGUGGUACCCCCCGCCCAGGCUGGGCUUGGAGGGGGAUCUCACGGAGGCUGUGGAUCCCGAAGGGAUGCAGCUUGUUGUUUUGGAUGAUGCGGUGCACCAGGUGGUGCCCGUGGAUUCGCCAGCUGAUCAGGAUCCGGCUCGGGCUGUGGCUGGAGCACGAGUAGGCAAGGCCAAGGAAGUUGGACAGCAGAUGAUGGGAGGUGGCCAGCUCAAAGGUGACAUCCAAAGUUUGCAGGAUGAACUGUGUCCGGCGCUGCCCAUCGACUGGGCCGGCAGUCACAGCGCUGCCCCUGGCGUUGAAGAAGGUCCUGCUGGCACCCUGCCUUCUAGAGCCACCCCUGCACGUGUAACCACCACACCCCAGGGCAGUCGGGCAGUCGUUACCGACUCCGCUCACCUGGACACUGCAAGUGGCAGAAAUGCUGCCCUGGGAGAUGAGCAAGGAGGACCACCAGCGUCGCCUGGUGUGGUGGUCGAUGCCGAGGAAUGCACCCUGCAUCGAUUGAAUUCCGGGAGAGCAGGCUCAAUCGCCGACUCUGUGUUGGACAUGGCCCUUAAAGCUGUGGAUCGCUGGAAGGACUCUUCCUGGCCACAUAUAAGCGACAGGGAGGCCAAUGACGGACAAGGCAGCUUUCCAAGAGAGGCUUCUGAGCCUGUUUGUGGCUCUGAAGGACGUGCUGGUAGCGAUGCAGAUGCCAACGGUGAUGUUGGCUAUCAGUGCUGGGGACGCCAAGCGUCGCGGUUGUCACGUGUGCAUUUGGCCGAUUGUGGAAACAAGCAUGAAGGAUCGAUUUCUGCCCAGAGUGGAAUUGGCAGGCAUGGGCCCAUGCCUGCACACUGCAGCUACGUCACCAACGGACAGCACACUGCAGACUUGGCGCAGGCGGCGAUCCCCCCAGAAUAUGCGUAUUGCACCACCAGCAGUGGUCCGGACGGCUCAGUGGAAAGCCGCUGGCCUGCCCAUGACUCCGGAUCUUGCUGCAGCCAAGACGAGCCCCGCAGGAGCUCUGUGCGUUUCGCGGCGUUCGAGAAUCCUCUGUACGUGGAGCUAACUGCUGGAGAGGCUUACCAGACGAUCGUUGAUGAUGACGAUGAUGACUCUAGGUGGACUGGGUACCCCGAGUGCGGCCCAGUAACUCCACGGGUGGACCCUGAAGAUGACAGCCCCAUCUGGUACCCUGUGGAUAAUCCGCUGUUCACAGAUCUCGACAUGGACGACGAAGGAGAUAACGAACUCGAGAAUGUUGAUUGCAAGUCGAAUGUCCAUGACCGGCCAAUCGGAUCAGCGAUCCGAGCCGUGUCGAUACACACAGUGGUGGCGGCCCUGGGGCACGCCCGGAUCGAGGUUGGGGACGGGGCCUUGGGUGCAUCGAGCCCAAGGGGCGCGGGGAUGGGGGUGAGCAUGCCAGAUUCUUUGUCCAGCAUGGACAGAUGGCGGGGUGGGUGCGCCCAUGGCAGAAUUGUUGAGCGACCCUGA